CAUGAUACAUUUGUCAAUGGAUAAUGUCUACAAUUUUACGACAACGUAGCCUACCGUUCAGACGUGUGCCAGGACUACGGGAAAGGCUAGCACCCCGAGCUUGAUCACUCCAUUUGACAGCGUAGAAUACAUUUUCCUCACAGUCUACUGUACCACUGUAUCACUUUUACAAAUUGUUUGACGCGUCUAGAAACUUUCAAUGGGGAUGAAUUUACGUUUUAAGGCCUCGGGACUAAUCGACAGCGAGUUGACAAGUUUUCGUUGGGCCUGCUUUUCUAAUGCGAAUGCAGAACCGUGAACUAUCCAGUAGUGGGCUGCUGUGCAGGCUAUUUUGACAGUGAGAAUUUUCACUCUACAGUAACUGAUGGUUACAUAGUAACGCUGGCCUAAAGUGGAAUGGCCACGGGUGUACCUGAGGAAUCUAGCUGCUGCAUACAUUUAUCGUGUUGGUUGUAUUUAACUGGGGACAGUUACUACCGCUAGCAACUGUCCAUCUUAAAGACCACUGAAGAGAAGCAAAACUGCAAAACGAGAGGCACGGGAGAUUGUUUAAAAUGUCAAAAAUGGAGCGCCUGAAUGCCCGUGUCGACAAACUGUUGACGGUGGCUGUACAGGAGAUACUGGAGGUAGUGGGCGAAACGGUGUCAGACUACCAACAAGAAACUGCCCUAACAGAGCGGGAGAAUGAGAGUAUGAGAUCGAAGUUGCUGGAGUUAGGGUAUGAGGUGAAGACACUGAGCACAGGUGCUGUAGAGUUCACCUUUCUUCCUGAUAAUGGGGGAAAGUCUCUCAAAGAGCAGCAAUGGACCUCCAGAUUGAGGCAGGACACAGAGCUCAUACCAACUGAGCAGAAACAGGAGUUCAUGGAGGACUACAGAAGCAGGCAGAGAGAAGAGGAGGGCAGUGGACUGGAGUCUGUCCAUUCCACAGAGAAAAUACAUUUUACAUCAGGUUUUAAUACACUCCAGCCUAGAUGUGCAUCUGGAAAUUCUGGUUCAGCCUCACCAAAUUUUAUGCCUGAAUAUGUGAAGAGUGACCCUGAUGAUAAGUCAUUUUGCACGGCAGAACUUUUUGAGAUGCAGGCUGUUGAACCUACAGAGGUCAGCUCUGUACCCACUAUAUGGCCUAACCAAAUGAAAGCAGAAACUGAUGAAGUGCAGCUUACUCCACCAGAUCAUCAAGAUGAAAGUCAGUUAAAAAUCUGUACAACAGCUCAUUCCAGUUACAAACCUGCUGUAAAUUCAGAUAAACAUAAAGAAUACCAUUUGAAUGAGGAGCAAUACAUUUGCACUCAGUGUGGUAAAAGUUUUAUCGAGGCUGGAGCUUUUAAGAGGCACCAACGUUAUCAUACUUCUGAGAAAUCACACCAUUGUCCUGAAUGUGGGAAAAGUUUUUAUCAAAUAUGGCAACUAAAACUUCACCAAAGAAUUCAUACAGGGGAAAAACCAUAUAAUUGCACAUUAUGUGGGAAGAGCUUCAGUCAGUCAGGACACCUUCAAAUACACCAACGGUAUCACACAGGAGAGAAACCAUAUGGAUGCACUCAAUGUGGAAAGCAUUUCUAUCAAUCAGCACAUCUAAAAAUUCACGAACAAAAUCAUACUGGAGAGAAACGUCAUCAGUGUACUCUUUGUGGGAAGAGGUACAUUCAGUCUUGUCAUCUUAAAGCACAUCUACGCGUUCAUUCUGGAGAAAAGCCUUAUGGAUGUGCUCAUUGUGGGAAGAGAUUUGGUGUUCCAGGAUCACUGAAGCGACAUCAACGAUCUCAUAUGGUAGAAAAACCACACAGUUGUACCCAGUGUGGGAAAAGUUUUAACUUGCCAGAAAAUCUCAAAGUGCACCUUAGGUCUCACACAGGUGAACGACCAUACUGCUGUUCCAUUUGUGGAAAGACUUUCAGUCAGUCAAGAUACCUUAAAAUACAUCAGCGAUAUCACACAGGGGAGAAGCCAUACUGCUGUCAUCAGUGUGGUAAAAGCUUCAGUCAGUUGUGUCACCUUAAAAAACAUCAGCAAAUUCACAUUGGUCAAACUCUGUAAUUUUAUAUUCUAGUGUCACGGGCUGUACCUAAAGAAAGUCCCAUUAAAUCAUGUCAAAUGACGAUGAGUACAGUGCAGCAUAAAAAUAGGUGGUCAUAAAGUUGAAUUUCAAACUUCUAUAAAGUCCUGUUGUGUUAACUGGAUAGUCCAAAUUCACUUUUCUGCUGUUUUACCCAUAGUUGGGUGAUUGAUACCAAUUUUAUCCCAAUGCAUACAGUACAAAAAUUUGAGACAAUAUCUACAGGCUGCAUGUACCUGUGUUACCACUAUAAAUGGCUGUAGACCGUAGCAAUGGUAGCUUUUCUGGCUAGUGACAAAUACACCUUCCUGCUUCUCCAAAAGCUGCAUCUUCCAUAUUUAUAAUGAGUGAAAAUAGAAACAAAAAUGAUAUCUUAGUUGUUUUAGAGGAAGUUAAGUUUAGUACUAUAAUUGACAAAUAACCAUGUAUCCAUCCUCUGGGCACUGUGAUUAGUAGAUGUGCAGUUGCCACUUGAAAUAUGAGUUUGGGGUUGGCAGUUAUGCAGUACUAUGCAGUGAGAACGGCAGUGGCAGCCAGCACAAGUUCACAGUCUGUGAUGCACAUACCUGGCAAUGCCUAACUCACGCUUGUAUUACCGUUACUUAGCUUAGCACAGCUAACGUUGCUUCCCGUAUGCAGCCAUUGUGGUAGCACAGUUAGCAUGCAGUCCAUAGAUAUUGGUUAAUAUUUUUGUACUGGACAUGCAGGGAUGAAAUUGGUAUCGAUCUUAACAAUGGGUACGAUAACCAAAACCCGAAUUUUCUAAAAAGUUUGACUAUCCCUUUAAGGAUCACUCUCAUCAGGUUUUGUUCUGGAAACCAAAAGUAUGCUUUAUAAAAUAUUCCAAAGAUUGUUUUAUUAUGCUAUGUUUCAUUUCUGUUCAUUGUAGUCUUUACAAGAGACCUGCAUUUACCAGCUUCAUUUGACAACAUUGGUUUCUAAAGAGCAUCCAUCCAUGCAUCCAUAACAAAUACCAAAUUAUUUAGCAUAAAUAAAGGUUCCGAAAACAACUAAAAUUUAACUAGGAUACCUAAAAUAAACUGAAAGGGAAUUCUCUGGAUCAUUUUACCAUGAAAACUAAUGCAAACUACAAGAACAAAAAUGUGUACUUUUUGCCGAACAUGUAACUUACAUAAACAAGCUGGGCAAGUGGUUUUAACUGCAUGCUGUAUUUAUUUUAUAAAAUUAAGCCUGUGCAUGUAACCUCUGUAUACUGUACAAUACAUGGUGUUUCAGUUUUCUGAGUCAUCAGUAUUUGGCGCUUAUGUUGUUAACCCCUGUACUAUUUUUUGUUGGUUGAAUUUUGUUGUAUUCCAUGUGAUCAAUAAUGUGAAUAGUAACAAAGAGAUUCCUUCUCUGCAAACAUAUGUUACAGAACUAUACUUUAAGAUAUUUAGUUAAGUUGUAUAAUUCACUGUACCUUUCUUGUCUAUAGAAACUGCAUUGCUGUGUAACAGACCUGGGUCAAAUGCGUAUUUGUUUUAGAUUCAAAUACAUUUCUGUGCUCCAUUGAUCUUUCCUGAUGUAAUUGAGCCUGCCAGUCUGACCAGAAGGUGGGGUUUGCACUUUUUGAGAGUAUUUAAUUGGUUCCAACACACCAGACAAGAUCAGUAAAGUGUAGAAAUGUAUUUGAAUCCAAAACAAAUAUAUAUUUGACCUAGGUCUGCUAUGUAACAGGAAAAAGCCUAAUUGUAAAAAUAAAAGAACAUGUAGUAAACAAAAUUGUUGGGCGUUGGGCCACCACUGUUAAA